AUGGAUGAAGGACUUUUUCAAUCCACUGUCAGAAAAUGGUUUUCUUCUAGUGUGUCCUCUAGGACUUACCCAGGAGGCAGUGCAUCACUCUCAGGUCAAGAUGCUGCAGCAUCAAGCAAGUGGCUGGAUGGUUUUCAAAAAUGGUAUUAUAACGCUGCAGGAUACAACAAGCUGGAUUUAAUAAAAGAUGAUACAAUGUAUGAGACUGAAGAUGUGAAGGAAGCCAUAAGAAGGCUUCCUGAGAAUCUUUAUAAUGAGAGAAUGUUUCGAAUUAAGAGAGCCCUGGACCUGACCAUGAGGCAUCAGAUCUUGCCUAAAGAGCAGUGGACAAAACAUGAGUAGGACAAAUUUCUCAAAGAGGUUACUCAGGAAAGGAAAGAGAAAGAAGAAUGGGCAAAGAAGUAAUCUUGUAGUUGGGAUCUGUGGGUGUGUGUUGUCUCAGCAUAUUUUAAGAAGUUGUAUCAACCUGAAUCACAGCCUAAGAGCUAUUAGCUCUGCAGAUGCUUCGCUUUAAAUAAAUGUCUAUUGUAAUCAUUAAAAAAAGAAAAUGUUUUUCUUUUUAUCAAAAGUUUUAUAAGUGUUUUGUUCAAAUCCAACCCUCAUUCCCACUCUUCCCAUUCCCUCUCUAGUCCCCUAUAUCAUUUUCAACUUCACAUGCCCAAUCUAUGUAUCUAUCAUCUAUCUAUCUCUAUCUUUCCUCACACACAUGCACAUACACAUGCACUCAGUAUUACUUGUAUGCCUAUGUGUGUAAAGCAUCUGAUGGGAUCACUGGUAACCUUUCAGGGGCCAUACCCCUGAGGAAAAUUUACUCUUCAUUCUCCAAGCAACCAUCAAUUAUCAAUUGUUCCUCAACUAAGGGUGAAUCUUCAUGUACCCCAAAUCUAUGCUUGGAAUUUACCUGUCUGGAUCUUAUGUGUAUCUUAUGAAUGCAGUCACAGCCAACAGAAAUUCAUGUGUGAAAGCCAUAUCAUGUGCAGUAAAUAAUAGUUCAUCGCACACAUCCACUAUCUCUGAAUCUUAUAAUCUCUCUGUACCAUCUUCUGCAAUGAUCUCUGAGCCUUGAGGGGAGAGUAGUAAAGUUGUGUGUUGAGCAUUUCACAGUCUCGUAUUUACUACAUAUCGACCAGUUGUGGUUGUGGGUCUCUGUAUUAAUUGCUAUC